AAGAAAAGGAAAUUAAGAAGAGACUCUCUUAUAUUACAACCCCAAAUCGUUCAUAAGAGACUGCAACAUGUCCAAUUUUCGUUGGUCAACUGAAAAAUAGAAAAGGGAAAAAAAAAAUUGUUUCUCUCUUUCUCUCUUUUUCUCCCGAUCAACUUCUCUCUUUCUCUCCCGUUCAAAGUUUCGAUCCGAGAAAGGAAGAUCUGCAGAUCAAAGUCUCUCUUUCUCCUGAUCAAAGUCUCGAUUUGAAUCAGUAGACAUCUUCUCGGAGGCGAGUGUAGCGGUGGCGAUUUGAAUCGUCGUGGAGAUUGUAGCGGUGGCGAUUUGAAAGAGUAGGCGAUUCCAUCGAAAGAGAAUGGAUGAAUUCGAUUGAGAGGGUAAGUUUAUCAUGGGAAUAAGUAUUAUUAGGGUGAUUUGAGUUUGGUUGCUUGAAAUUAGGGUUGUUUGAUGUUUGAUUUGAGUUUGUCUUUUUAAGCGAUUGAUAAGUGAUGGUUUAAAGAGAUUAUGGUUCUUGAGAACCAUGUGAUCCGAUUUGCUCUGUUUGUGUAAUGUUUUAUAGUGUGUUUGUGUAAUGUUUUAUAGUGUGUUUGUGUAACGAUUUGUAAGUGAUGGUUUAAAGAGAUGUUUAGACAUGAUUGUUCUUGUCUUAUUAUGUGUUAAAGAGAUUUUGGUUGUAGUAUUAUCUAGUCCUUGUGUUUUGUUGUCUUUGUUUGAUAUUCAUUGUAUUAUCCACUCCUUGUGUCUUUGUCUUUGUUUUGAUAUAUGUCUCUCUUUUGUAUUGAGGUUAAAUGGUGCUAGCAUGAUAUUGAUGGAUUGAUGAGAGUAGAAUGGUUGGAGCAGAUUUGGUUGAUCUUGUAUUCACUUUUGUAUUGAGGUUAAAUGGUGCUAGCAUGAUAUUGAUGGAUUAAUGGUGCUAGUUGGUUGUGAAGAUGUUUAAUGUGUGGUUGGAGCAGAUUUCAUUGAUCUUGUAUUCACUUUUCUAGCCUUACCACUUGGAUCUGUCUGGGACAUCUGUGGAGACAAUAAUAUCACUCUUGGUUGUAUUGGGAACGUGUUUAGAAGCUUCAAGGGUUUGAAUGAAGAAAAUGAUGAUUCCUCGUUGUCUGCCAAGUGUCUGCUUCCUUCGUAUUAUAGUUGCCCAAAAACAGUUGCUUGAUGUUGUCACUUUGCAAAGAGAAAUCUAUUAUUGUUACAGGUUCUGUCCCAGCCCGGGUGAACCCUUUGGCAGCAGUAGGUUAAGUUUCACUAGAGAGAUGCCUGCUUGUCUUACUCUUCAAACCCAAAACAUCCAAGGUUUUUAAUAUAAGAAGUUUUGGGUUUGUGAGGGGAUACGCAAGGUAUUUGGUAACUGAUGAUUUGGUCAUUAAACUGAAGGACUCGGUUUCGAACAUUAGUUUGCUGAAGUUGACCAUGCAUUUGGCGGAGGAAGAUGUCAGAGAACAAAUGAUCACCAUUGGGAAAUCAGAGGUGAUGCAACAUUAAAUACUGAGACGCUCAAGCUUAGUGAGGUGAUAAGAGAGAGAGGUAGCUUUUGAAUUCGUAUGAAUACUCUCAGACCAGACUUGUUCGACGACUUUUUUCAGGUUGAUAGGUUUGAAACCCAGCAGGUUUGAUAAAUUUGAGCCUCCUCAAGCCAAGUUGUUAGUGUCUGGUAUAUAAGUUGUUUUUCAUCACAAUAACAACACUAGUGCUUCUAAUUAGCAUUUACCUUGAAAACAUGUCUUGUAAUAAUUAAAUCCAUUGUGUCUUUGCUAUCAAUUCUUUAUUUGAUUAUUCUCUGGUUGAUUCAGUGAAUUCAGAAUUGAUGUGUUUGCCUGCUUCGACAAGGUUAGGAUUUGUAAACGCAUUUUAUAUAGUAACCAAUAAUUUGAUUCAUAAAUCUUGUUUAUAUACAUUUGUGUAUUCAAUGCAACAUUUUGAGGUGAUUCUUCUCAUUACUGAUUUGGUCUACGUUUCCUGGAGAAUUUACAAAAGUAGUAUACUAAAGAAAAAGCCAGGGUCAUUUAGUCAUUCCUUUUGGUCGUGAUACUGAAGUUCUAUGGAAUGAUGCUAGGUAGAAGAAGCAUAAACCUUUUCAUAUGCGUCAUGUAACUUACUUACAUCUCCUAGUGUAUAUCCUAUCUUUGUUACUUGACUGUUAUGAGCAAUGUUAUAUGGAGCAGUGUUACCACCAUCUUCUGAAUUAAUGAUGUUCCGAUGACAUUUCACAAGCAGGAAGAAUCUGUUUAGGGUGGUGCAUGAUAUUGUUCCAAUUUCCUAUCAGUUGCUUUGUAGUGUUUCGCUUUUUUCUGUUGGUCUGGACGCUUUCUUGUUGACUCUGCUAAAUGUAAAAUUAAUUGAGUUUUCCUCAGGUGAGAAGUACUUGAUUACGUAUUAUUAUUUUCGCUGGUCUGAACCAAGAUAUGAUGAAGAUGCAGGCCAAGUUGGACAAGAUGAAUAUUAAAAAGGAAAAGACAGAGGAUUAUCUAAAGGAGGAGAAACUAGAGGCGCUUAAGGUGGAGCUGACCAAUCUUAAAAAGAUAAAGGAAUUCCAAUCUAACAUGUAAUAGGAGAUGGAGUUGGCCAAACUGGAAAGUGAGUUGAGAAGCCUGUUUAGGUGAUAUAUGCAUUACCAAUGGAGAAGGAUCUCGAGGUUGAAAAGCUAAAGAAAGAGGUAGUCAACGUAGCGCACCAACUAGAGAAGACUCAUACUAAGAUAGAGGAUCCUCGAAGAAUGGUUGGAGAAGAAAAAUCAACCAGGAAAGAGACACUACCAACAAAAAUCAGUAGAUUUAAAUAUUUGUUAUCAUUCAUUUGUUCGUUUUGCAUAAAGUGUAGAUAUUCUUUUACUGUCAAUUAUUAAUACGUCUUUUUCCAGGUUCUGAUGGAACAUUAAUACCCUAAGCUGAGGGUUCGCAGUAUAGGGGACUCUGAGAAUACAACACCACUAAGUACUAUAUCAGCUCACUGCAGUAUAUCUUCUCUAAUUCCUACAUUAGAAUAUGAGAUUAUGCUGAUGACUAUGGUUUUAUGUUAUCCAUUUUUUAAAAAUCCAAUUUUAGACUAAUAAGAUUUUGCUUUUAUUUGUUUUACCAUUUUAGGUGAUAGAUGGCGAUUUUGUUUGUUUGAAAUAAUUGAAACUGAAAAGAGAAGUGUUGCACAUUUGGAUAUGUGAAGAAAGCAUUUGAUCAUAUUAUUAGAGAGAUAUGUAAGGAUUAGAGUGAAUAGAAUCAAAUGUUUUAUAUUGUCAAUCCGUGUGUGGAUUAUUUAUUUUUCUUUAAAGAUACCAAGAAAGAGCUUAUAACUGGAAUAUAACAUAAGGUAACUCAUGCUCUUAACUUUUCUUUACAUUAAUUUUUUUGUUGAUUUUUUUCUGACACGAGAUGAAGAUGCAUUGUUUAGUCUAUCAUGAUUGAGUAAAACAAUUUUCUUAAUAUGUUUUGUGAAAGUUGAAUUCUAUUAGUAGAUAACCUUAUCUUUGGUUUAAACUCCUAGUCGGAUUGUCACUUUGUGCUAUUGACUUUGUUUGUCUCUGUUUUAUGCCCUUCUCAGUCUUGUGCAGGUUCAUGGGGUCUCAGGUGUGCAUGGAUCACUUUUUGUGGACAUUUCUCACGUCUCCAAAUAUUAACUACAAAUACCUUUUCCAUAGUUAUUAUUAUCGUAUGGGUGAAUUACAUAUGUUUAUCUCAUGCAGCCAUGAAUACCAGCUGACUAUGGGAGCGUUAUGGAAGCAAAGCAUCUUAGUUACACUGGAAAAAAGUUGGUGACAUGUCUAUAAGACAUUAUCUGGUCUUCAGUAUAGUGAUUCUUGAUUGAAAGGAUGGUGGACGUUUCAGUUAUGAUAUAUCUCCACUUCUUAUAGGUUUAGAAAGAGUUAGUCCAACAAGUAGAGACACCAUCAACAUAAUCACUUGAGUGAAAGGUCUGUAAUAUUCACUCGUUAGUUUUAUAGAAAGCGUGGAUAUCCUUUCACUGCCAAUUAUUAAUUUCGUCUUUUUUCCAAGCCCAAGCUGGAGGUUCCCCGGUACAUGGGAGAAGACGAAACCAAGAAGUCUAUAUCAGCUCACUGCUGUAGUAUAUAUCUCCAAGAUCAACUGAGUACAAUUAUGAAGAGAAAUGCCUCCCCUGCUUUCAAAUUUCAGGAUAGAUUUUGCAUCAAGUAGCAUGUUUAUGCGGGUCAGGACAGAGAGGGCGUUAUGAGAUACUUACUCUACGGGAUGAAGGUCUGUUAAUGCUUGAAAGUUCUCUGCUUUUGUUCUAGACUACAAAACAUUAGAUGGUCAAUGCCAUGUGAUAUAUGCUGAGGACAAAGCGGCAGGAACCUGUCUUCUUUUUGACAUAAGAACUUGUUUACGACAUACAACAUCAGUGUUGAUGUUGUCAUGUUGAUUCCUGAUACGCCUUAUGCGGAUUUUGAAGUUAUGAAGAUGUGCGUGCCACUUGACUUGAUCUUAAUGAUCCUUGUACUGUAAGAAAGUUCGAAUCCUUCUAUGAAAAUUUCCAGCGUUAUAUGGUAAAGCUGAUCAGAGAUACAGAUACGCAGCAACAUGAAAUGAUACUCGCAUGAUUCUUCUCGGCUACGAACAUAACAUAGAUGAGAUAGUUGCUAAAGAGUUACUCGCCUCGGUAGCCAUAAUCUCCCAUUUUUCAGUAGCAAGAGUACUUCGCAGUUCUGGUGACACAACUACCUUAUAGAUCUUAAAAACAUGGGCUACUUUAUUUUAAACUCUCCGUAACUAUGGUGGAUCAAACUCCUGAGAAUCUUCAGGGGAAGUAUAAAGCAAUGGUUGUUUGUUGUAUUCUUGGAAUCGGAUCUCUCGUUUCUUGGAACAGUAUGCUCACUAUCGCUGAUUACUACUACCAAGUUUUUCCGGAUUAUCAUCCUUCAAGGGUACUAACACUUGUUUACCAACCAAUUGGGUUUGCAACAAUCAUGACUUUCACAUACCACGAAUCUAAAAUCAGUACUCGAAAACGUAUCAUGACCGGUUACAUCCUAUUCACAAUAUCCACAUUAUUGCUCAUAGUCUUGGAUUUGACAACAAAAGGACGUGGUGGAGUCGGACCAUAUAUAUGUUUAUGCGCAGUCGUUGCUUCUUUUGGCUUUGCUGAUGCUACCGUUCACGGAGGAAUGAUCGGUGAUUUAUCAUUGAUGUGUCCUGAACUAGUUCAGUCAUUCAUGGGGGGUAUGGCUGUAGCUGGUGCCCUAACAUCAGCGCUAAGGCUAAUGGCUAAAGCAGCUUUCGAUAAAUCAAACGACGGUCUACGAAAAGGAGCGAUGAUAUUCUUAGCAAUCGCAACAGUCAUAGUGUUACUCUGUGUGAUGUUAUACGCCUAUGUGUUCCCAAAAUUCCCCAUUGUUAAGUAUUACCGGAGAAAAGCUGCUUCUGAAGGUUCCAAAACUGUUUCUGCUGAUCUUGCUGCUGCUGGUAUCCAAAAUCCAUCAGAUUUGACUGAUGAUGAUGAUUCCAAGAAUCAAAGGCUAAGCAACAAAAAGCUGUUGAUUCAAAACAUAGAUUAUGCAGUGAGUCUGUUCCUCACCUACGUAUGUACAUUAUCCAUUUUUCCCGGGUUCUUAUAUGAGAACACUGGAAAACAUGGGCUAGGAGAUUGGUACGCGCUUGUCCUUGUAGCAAUGUACAAUUGUUGGGAUCUGGUUGGGAGGUACACGCCGCUGGUGAAAUGGCUCAAGAUUGAGAAUAGAAAAGCGAUCAACUUCGCAGUUUUAUCUCGUUAUUUCCUAAUUCCGGCGUUCUACUUCACCGCAAAAUAUGGUGAUCAAGGAUGGAUGAUUAUGCUUGUUUCUGUUUUGGGAUUGACAAAUGGACAUCUCACUGUUUGCAUUAUGACUAUUGCUCCUAAAGGCUACAAGGGUCCGGAGCAGAAUGCGUUAGGGAACUUGCUGGCGAUGUUUCUGUUAGGAGGGAUAUUCGCAGGAGUCGCUUUGGAUUGGUUAUGGAUUAUUGGUAAGAAGAAUGCCUUUUGAUUACAAGGUAUAAAGCUGGAAUUACUAAUGAAUAACAAACCUUAAUCACGUAUCUGCUUAAUUAAGGAUUUAGUUUUUAACUGAUAAUUAAACUACUUCUAUAACAUAUAAGCUUGUAAUAGUAGUUUUCUAGAUUAUAUAACUAAGUAGAAGAUGUAUAAAAGGUUUAACUCAUGAAAGAGAUGAUCAUAGUAGAUACCUUGUGACUUUGUAAGUGUUUCCUGAAAAUAGAAAAACAUAAUUGAGCGCAA